UGUUUUCAUAUCCUAGAAACGACACGUAAUCCACCCCCUCCGACCCAGACGAUAAAAAUCUGAUCAGUAACUACCCCUCCGAUUUAGGCGUUCUUUAUUCAGUUUGUUCGCUCAUAUCUCCGCUCCCUUAGCCCAUCUGUUAAUCAUAAGCUAACCACUGUGUCUCGAAGCGUCCGUUCUCUUGGGUUCUUGGGUUGCCUUUGUGGUUCUCAUAACGAAUUAAUGGCUGCUUCAGUGUCGAAUUCAGGUGAUGUUAACGGAGGAGAUUCCCAGAUUAGCCUCGAAGAAUCGGAGUCUAUCAAGCAUCGGGUCGACGAGAUUUUACAACGAGUUGAUACGCUUGAGCAGAAACUGCAAGAAGUGGAGCAGUAUUACUCGAGUGUAGGUGAAACAGUAAACAAGUUAAAUAUGGCUAGCCCGGGCUCUGUGGUCAAAGAAAAAGGGAGAUACAUUCUCUACGGUAGGAAGGUGCAACAAGAGGCGACUCGUAGGGAAGCUGAAGCUGCAAAAAGAAUGCAAGACCUCAUGCAUCGGUUUCAAACAAUCUUCUCUGAGAUAAGGCAGCACAAAUGGGCAUUGCCAUUUAGGCAUCCUGUCGAUGUUGAAGGUCUUGGUCUGCAUGAUUAUUAUGAGAUUAUUGACAAGCCAAUGGACUUCAGUACGAUCAAGAAUAAGAUGGAGGCGAAGGAUGGUACAGGAUACAAACACGUUAUGCAAAUAUAUGCUGAUAUGAGGCUAGUGUUUGAGAACGCCAUGAAAUAUAACGCGGAAACAAGUGAGGUCUAUUCCAUGGCAAAAAGGCUGCUUGAGACGUUUGAAGGGAAAUGGGCACAUUUUCUUCUGGAGGUUAAAAAAGAGGAGAAAAGACAGGAGGAGGAAAAAAAACUAGCGGAAUCGGUGUUGCAGCUUGUAAACGAGGCAUCGCAUGCCGAAAGAAGUAGAGAAGUCAGUGACGAGAUUUGCAGUGUUAUUGCAGAGCUGGAGGAGCUCAGGAAUAAGGUUGUCCAGAAACACAGAAAAAUAUCAAUACAAGAAAAGAGGGAUAUCGGGUUGUUGAUGCCAAAGUUAUCAGCCGACAAGCUUAUGAAGAUGCUGGAAAUUCUUCCGAACGUCCAAACGACAGCAGAAGGGGUGAUGGACGUCGAGAUAGACGGAUUGGAUGAACCGACCCUGUGGAGGCUGAAGUUCUUCGUGAAGGAAGCGCUGAAGGAUCAGAAGGACGAGACUGGAGAUCACGUAAGAAAAGAUAUACAGAGUGAGACGGGGGCCGAUAAAAGCAGAGGAGGCAUCAACAAGCGUAAGAAAAGAAAUUUGUAGCUCGAAUUUCGUUCGUUAGAGAAGCGGGUUUGGAUUUGGAUGCCAAUGGAUGAAUUGUGAGUAUCGGCCGGCACUUCCGUCCGGGAAUUUGGUCUCAAUACCGAUUAAAUACAUUUCGGUUCGGUUCGAUUAUAAGAAAAACGAACGGUAUAAAAUUAAAGAUACCGAAUGGUUCGGUUUGGAAAAUACGUUAAAUAUUAUAUAAUAUUUCGGUAUUUUUUUU